CACAUCCACUCGCUGCGGGAAUUUUAAACUCAUCAUGCCGGGAUACGUCAGGUUCCUGCUUCUACUUCUUUGCCUGAUCCUCAUCGGGGAGUGCAGGAGACACAAAAGCAGGAAAAAGCGAUCGUGGUCAUCGCCGGCGGAGAUUCACAAGCAGGGCAACUUGAGUGACAUUCCUCUGACGAAGAAGCUUUCGGAUGGCACAAAAACCCGAAAGGUGAAGACCAGCCACCUCCUGCGCAUAGACGACCAUGAUUUCACGAUGAGGCCGGCCUUCGCAGGUCCUGCUGUCCCCGUCGGCGUGGAUGUUCAGGUGGAGAGCUUGGACAGCAUAUCAGAGGUCGACAUGGUAAGCAGCUUGAAUGUGUUAAAUGCCACAUGGUACAAAUGUUUCUGUACAGACAGUGAAUUGAUCUACUGCACCUAUGCUUACACGGACGAGGACCUGAUGCUGUACUGGAAAAGCGGUGAUGAGUCUCUGAGCACCGACGACAGAAUUUCCCUGUCGCAGUUCCUCAUCCAGAAGUUUCACACUACCUCCAGACUGGCUUUCUACAGCAGCACAGGCUGGUACAACCGUCUGUACAUUAACUUCACUCUGCGGCGUCACAUCUUCUUCUUCCUGCUGCAGACCUACUUCCCUGCCACUCUGAUGGUCAUGCUGUCCUGGGUGUCCUUCUGGAUCGACCGCAGGGCCGUCCCUGCCAGAGUCUCAUUAGGUAUAACCACGGUGCUCACCAUGUCCACCAUCAUCACUGGAGUCAACGCCUCCAUGCCCAGGGUCUCCUACAUCAAAGCUGUGGACAUUUACCUCUGGGUCAGCUUUGUCUUUGUCUUCCUGUCUGUGCUUGAAUAUGCUGCCGUCAACUACCUGACAACAGUGAGGGACGGAAAAGACCGGAAGCUCAGGGAAAAAGUCACGGAACAGAACCUCCCUUGCACCUGUGGCAUGUCCCACACCAGGACCAUGAUGCUGGACGGUACAUACAGCGAGGCAGACACUAACAGCUUGGCAGGGUACACCAGAGCCUCCAUGAUGGCUGAGGACGCGUCUGAAAAACAAGAACGAAUGGUGGUGCAUCUCUCCCUGGACAACGAGUCCACGGGGACCAAGAAAAAGGGCAUCCGCGGCUUCCGGAUAAUCCAGAACACCCACGCCAUUGACACCUACUCUCGCAUGAUUUUCCCUGGUGCCUACAUCCUUUUUAACCUGAUCUACUGGUGUGUGUACUGCUGAGUGCUUGUGUUCCAGUCUAAACUGAAGCAGUGAAAGAAAAAGAAACUGCAAAACCAUUUCAUUGACAUUGGAAGAGAGAUAGUUGUUUCUAUUCUGCAUGCUCAGGUGGAGCAGCAACUGGAGCGGCCAGAUGGCUGAAAAAUACCACAGGCUUCUGGGUGUGAAUUUCACCAACUCUCGCUCAUGUCACCACUGGACUCGACCACUAAUGCAGUUUCUCCUCCUUUAUAUAAUUAUAUCACAAGCUCAUGGGUACCCCAAUCAUAUUCCAACAACCUGGUGGGGCUAGUUGCACAAGUAAUACUGUUGUACCAGUCUAAUGCCAGUUGCCAUCAUUGUAUUUAUUUGGUGUCUGGCAACACAAUCACUGUUGAUUGUGUUGCCAGAUACCAGAUUUUUUACCCUCAUUUUUCUCUGUUUUGGUCUCCACCAUCUCCCAAGAAAAAAAAGUUGGCAAGGUUGGUGAGUGUAGAGAAUAUAGGCCAAAAAACCAAAACAAUUUGUUAAAAGAGACUAAACAGCUCUGUGAUGUCGUAAUUCUCUUUGGGUUUAUCACUUUAGCUCUUCCCUUUAAUUGCAUAUAAUCAUAUCUAUGGUUGAUACAGAAAAUAUUGAUUG